AUGGACGACGAUGCGAACCGCCGUGAUCAGCAACGGCCCCAAGAACUAGAGAGGCAUCGCAUACAGCCUCCCGAUCAACGUUGGCACCGCGUCCAGUUCGACCAAUCGGCCUUCAAUUCUUCAGCUCUCCUCGAUGACGACGACGACAACGAUGAACUCAAGGAACCACUGACACUAGUCCCUCGAGCUUUCAAGGAGACGCCUGCUGUCAGGCACUCGUAUCUAAGGGCAGUACUCGAUAAUGUAUUCAACAAGGUACCCGUCCACCAGGCGUCUGCGACAUUAUGUGCUAUGCUCGACAACCUAUCGAUCGUAAAUGCGCUCCCCGACUUUCCACGUCCCGUCCGCUCCCUUCUCAGUGCCAAAUGUCGUCUUGGCAUCGAUCCCGACCAACAUAUCAUCAAAUAUGCGGUCUGCCCUGAGUGCUGGAAGCACUAUCACCCGCUCGAGCUCAAAACGCUCGACACGCCUAUAUGCGCUGUGGACUACUGCUCAGGGACUCUGUACGAUGACUGGACUAAUGCUAAGGGUCAACGCGUCCGAAAGCCACGAAAAAUGCACCCUCAAGUCUCUAUCAUCGAAUCUCUUCGCCGGAUGUUCAUGCGGCCGGGGUUUGCGAAUAUGAUUCGAGACAGUCGAGCUGAUGUACCCAACAGAAACCACGACAAGGAGUUUAUUAUGAAGGACAUGCACGACGGCUCGCUCUGGCACGAGCUCGACACGCAUACAGUCCGUGAGGUCAGCGAACACGGCCAUGUACGCGAUAGGCCUGAGGACGGGCGCGAGACUGCUCCAAAGCUGUCUUCGCACCGUUUCGGCCUUGUUCUCACUAUGAACGUUGAUUGGAUGGGAGUACUCGAAAAUCGACCACAUUCGACAGGGGCAAUGUAUUUUGCCAUCAACAAUCUCCCGCGCGACCAACGCUUCCUUCAAAUUAACGUCAUCUGUGCCAGCGUCAUGCCGGGCCCGAAGGAACCUGACGUGCGGCAGAUUAGUCACUGCAUGGAACCGUCAGCACGAGAGGUGAAUAUGCUCAGGAGUGGGGUAUCUAUGGAUGUAUAUGACGAGGAAGAGCCCGCCAACGUCUACGCUGACUGUGCAUGUCUCGACUGUGACAUGCCGGCGUCGCACAAGUGCAAUGGCACUGCAUCGCAUUCGCAUGACAUGCAGCCAUGCUUGUACUGCGAUGCGACUGUUAUCGACAUCAACAGCGCCUCCGGCUACGACAACUCACGCACACCAAAGGACGACUACGAGCUUCUUCGACAAGCCUUGUACUCUAAAGACGCCCCACCUGCUCGACAAGAUCAAAUCCUGGACGAUCACGGCGCUCGUUUUGUGACACUGGACCUCAUUCCUGGCUGGCUCCCGAAGACAAAGACGGUGCUCGACUUCAUGCAUUGUGUUUACCUUGGUAUCAUCCCGCACCUGUACGACAAGGUGUUAUUUGGUGGCUAUAUGAUAACGGGACUCGGCGGUUCCGAUUCUGCCAAGCAACGCUUCGAGUCCCUCAUCAACUCGAUUGCCUGGCCGAGUCAUAUCACCAGGCUACCUAAGAACGUACUGCUUUCGUGCUCACCGCCGGCACUCGUUGAGAUCCUCCAUCACCUAGCCUUGUGGUUUCGGCCACUUGUACGCCUACGCUUCUACGCUCCUACGCUCCGCUCCGUUCCGCCUACCUCCGACCCCUCCGAAGUUUCGGAGCUGUUUAGGAGUUUAGAGUACCGCCCCUUGAGUGAUUCUCGCCAAGCUGUCGCGGCCGUUCGUAUUCUCUCAUCUCGCGAGAUCUCGAUGUCUCAGGCUCGAACAGGCCAAUCAUUUCUUGCGCAGUACUGUCAGCGCCUCCUCGCCCUCGAUAUUCGCCUCCGACCCAACCACCAUGCGGCAAUGCAUACGGCUGAUAUCAUACAGUUGUUCGGGCCUGUGUAUGCAUGGUGGCUGUUCGCGUUCGAGCGUUUUAACGGUAUGCUCGAGCGCGUCAAGCACAACGGCCACGACGGUGGGCAAAUGGAACUCACGCUGAUGCGAGCGUGGGUUCAGACUCAUCUCAUAUACGAGUACCUUGUCCAUCUCCCACCGAAUGCCCACGAGGUUGAACACAAGGCCCUCGACACCAUCAUCAAGACUCAGGCACACGAGAGGGGCGCCAUGAUGACGCAGAUCGCGAUCUACCAGAGCGAGGCUACCGAGGAUAAUAUCCGCUUGCCAAAACGAACGGCGAAGUUCAUUGAUCUCCGCAUGUGCGACACACCCGCUGGACUCUAUCGGCUACUACUGUCCUACUGCAGUCGGCUUUGGCCCAAUCUCAGACUCGUCAGUGAUCGCAGCUGCGAUCCCGGAACCACGCCCUUUGUCUCCCACAAGGUCGCUCGUAAACUCACGUACAUCCGUAAGGAUGGCAUUCGCUAUGGGUAUGGCGAUCUGACACGUGUUCCCGUACGUAUACAUUCCUUGUUUGUGGUUGGUGUAGGCGACAAGGCACCUCACGUUUGCGCUGUCGUCGAGCGUCUGUUGUCGGAUGAUAACGUCCCAGAGCUCCCCUGGUCUAUGUUUGCAUCAACACUCGGCGUCUAUGUCUGUUAUGCAGACAUGUAUGCUCCCAUUGAGGUCAUACCGGCGUCGAGCAUUCAAUGCUCAAUUGCUCUCAUACCCAUCUCGCUUCGUGCUCUUGAUUGUCCCCUGGUUGCAGCUGUUUCAUUUGAUCAUGUUGGAACAGAGCCCGAGGAAUUUUUUGAUUAG